AUGAGUUAUAAAAUAUUUAUAUUGAAAUAAUAUCUAUAUAUGCAACGACAUAAUCAGCUACUUAAUACAAUAGCAUAAAUUUUAGAUGAAAUAAUUAAAGAGACAGAUACUCUAGAAAUAGAGUAAGAUUAAAUAUCUUAUUUUCAUACAAUAAAAGCACCAUCAAUAACAUUAUAUAAUUACUUAUAAAGAAUAGCAAAAUAUUCAAAUUGUAGUGAAGAAUGUUUUAUAAUUGCUUUAAUCUAUUUGGACAGAUUGUAAGAAAAACAUCCUUACCUUGUGCUUAAUUCAAAAUGCAUACAUAGGUAUCCUUUUUAAUAUAUCAGAUUUCUAUUGAUUUCUCUUGUAAUUGCUAUAAAAUUUUAGGAUGAUGAUUAUUAUAAAAAUGAAUAUUAUGCAAAAGUAGGAGGAGUAAGUGUAAGAGAGAUAUUUGUUCUUGAGUAGGCAUUUUUAGAAUUAAUGGAUCAUUAAUUGUUUAUAACAGCACAUCAUUAUUUUAUGUAUCAAAAGAAAUUACUAGAGUAUGGAGAAAUUGAAAUGCCCUGA